AUGGCUUCUCUUCGCGUCCUUCUCCUGUCAUGUGCAAUCGCAUGGGCUGGUGCUGUAGCCGCAUCGCUCGAGUCUGCGGUACAGGUUCGCAAUACUCCUGGCACCACUACCGAGGAUACAUGGCAUGCGAUUCGGCGAGGGCUCGCCGUAGCUGGCCUACAGAAACGUCAAGACUUCACAGCUGAGCUACCUCUGGAGAGGAGCUGGAGCGGCGCCACCCUGCUGUCGGUCGAGGCGUCUAGUCAACUUCCUGAGAACAACAGAACCACGAAUUCAGAGAUCAAGGCUGGUAUUACAGUCACAUGCCAGACUUGCUACGUCAAAGGCCUUGCUAAGGCCGAACUCACAAUUGGCGACAACUUCAAUGCUAGCGACCUGAUCGAAGGUGUUGUUGACGACAUCAAGAACGAUACCCUCGCCUUCGCCCAUGAUUUCACGGAGUAUCUGAGCGACUAUGCCGGUGGAGUGUACAUCAAUGUCCAGGACGGCUUUGACUCGGAGGACUUUGCCUUCCCAACAUUCCCCUUCGACUUCAACAUCACUGUGCCGGAGAUCAAGGAAGCUAACUUACGCUUCCAAUUCGAUGGCAUGGAGUUUUACCUAGAGAUCGAAACUGCCUUGAGCGCUGGAGCUGCUUACGAAAUCAACCUCUACGCUACCAAUACUCCUGUUGGCAUGAAGGUCGGCCCACUCAUGCUCGGUUUGGUGCUCCAAGUUGACCUCAUCUUGAAAGUGGAUGGGGCGAUCGACAUUAGUAGCGGUUUCCACGUCAAGCUUGACGAUGGUGUUGCGAUGGACAUCGCCAUGUUCGGUGAAUCUGUCUCAAACAUGGUCUUCAACGGUGGUCAGUUCGAGUUCCUACCCGUCACAAUUGUCAGCGCCAGCGCCUCUAUUGCAGCUAUACUCCGAGUCGGCGUACACUGCGGCAUUGAAGUGGGCAAACCUGAUAUACCUACGCUACUGGAUGUCGCAAAUGUCAGUGCAACCGCGGGUGUGGAGCUCGCUCUUUUCGCGAACGUUGCGGAAUUUGUCACGAACAUCACUUACGUGCCUGAUGACGACGACUGCAAGUUGAAGGUCAUCCAAGAGUACAACCUUGCACUGGGUGCCUUGGCCGGAGCAUCCAUUGAGGUCGAUAUGCCCUUCAUUGAGGCCAUGACUUGGGGUCCAGUCGCAAGUGUAACUACAGCCAUCUUCACCACAACGCUUGCUGAGGCAUGCGCCAUCGAAGCUACUAGCAAGCCCUCUGUGGAACCGUCACCCACGGGAGUCGACAAGCGAGAAGACCUCGAAACCAUCACUCUGACGACCACGACUGUUACUACGGGUGUGAGCUGUAGGACCACGAACAAAGCCAUGUGUCCAAACAACGAGCAAGUUUCCACCAAAGCAACGAUCACACGGUCCCUCGUUACAGCUGUCCCUUCUGGCGAGACUCCCACGUUUCCCGAGACUGUGUUUACAAACGUGCCAGCGACUAAGAAGUUCGGUUCGCAAGUCAAGUCGAUUAAGGCCAUGACCGGUAGCCCGACGCCUUAUGUCGCUCCACCCGACGAAGAUGGUAGCGACGAUGUCCAUGAUCUUGUUGAUGGCUCGACUGGAGGUGUCAGCAACAAGGUCAUUAUUGGUGUGUGCGUCGGUUUAGUUCUGCCUAUCCUGGCUGCUAUAAUCGGUGCUGUUAUGUAA